UCUAUUGAACUUUGUCCAGCCGUCUUCUCUCCCUGGCACUGGUCUGCAAUCUCUGGUCAUCCCCUGUACUAUGUCCGCAGUCUCUGGUCAUCUCCUGUACUAUGUCCGCAGUCUCUGUCACUGUACUAUGUCCGCAGUCUCUGGUCAUCUCCUGCACUAUGUCCGCAGUCUCUGGUCAUCUCCUGUACUAUGUCCGCGGUCUCUGGUCAUCCCUUGUACUAUGUCCGCAGUCUCUGGUCAUCAUCUCCUGUACUAUGUCCGCAGUCUCUGGUCAUCUCCUGUACUGUCUGCAGUCUCUGGUCAUCUCCUGUACUAUGUCCGCAGUCUCUGGUCAUCUCCUGUACUAUGUCCACAGUCUCUGGUCAUCUCCUGUACUAUGUCCGCGGUCUCUGGUAAUCCUUUGUACUAUGUCCGCAGUCUCUGGUCAUCAUCUCCUGUACUAUGUCCGCAGUCUCUGGUCAUCUCCUGUACUGUCUGCAGU